GAUCCAGUGAAUGCAGCAGUAAAGCGGCUCGAUGAGCUCUGUCACCGGCUGGUUAUCCUUCACUCCUGACAGCAGACACGCCCCGACAGUGUUGUCGUGACACAACACAAUCGUGUAUAUAAUAAUGAGCUCGUGUCUAUAAUAGGCACUCCUUUAAAAACACCCAUGGGGACUCAGGACGCUUCUGGGAGCGGAGAUUGUCUUUUCUGUCAGAUAGCAAACAACCAGACUGGCACAGAAAUCCUGCUGAGUGAUGAUGAGCUGGUUUGUUUUCGUGACGUGAAGCCUGGAGCCACACAUCAUUACCUUGUUAUUCCCAGGACGCACAUUGACAACUGCAAAUCUCUCCAGGGCCACAACAUACCUCUAGUGGAGCAGAUGGAAGAAAUGGGAAGGAGUAUACUGGAGAAGAAUAAAGUCAGUGACCUCGAUGACGUCAGGAUGGGGUUUCAUCUGCCCCCAUUCUCAUCUGUUCCCCACCUUCACCUCCAUGCUCUGGCUCCAGCUAGCAAGAUGAACUUGAGGUCGCAGCUUCGCUACGGGCCGCAGUCUUGCUGGUUCAUCACAGUGGACAAAGUACUUUCUCAGUUGAGGACACACAACAAAGUCACAUGAAGAUAUUCAAAGUGUCUGAAGGUGCUUCUUAGCUGUUUAUCCACCUCACUCAGUGCAAUUUUAAUUCAGUCCAAAAUUCACCUGUUUCUCUUAUUACCUGGAAGUUGACAGACGCGGCUGUGGAGAAAACUGGGGGAACGUCAUCUUUUGGUGGAAGCUGUAAAAGUACAACCUUUGCAAGAACUACUUGAAAUUAUUUAAACAUGCAUGAAGUCCUAUCAACUGUCAUAAUGUGUCAUUGGACCACCAAUGAGGAGAGAAUUAUUUUCUAUUGAAAUAUAAACCUUGAUGACUGCCUUGAAAAUUGAUAACACAUGCCUUCAUAGUUUGAAAACCACAUAAAA